AAGAAGCCGACCCCUGGAAACCACGGUCAGUCGGCCUGGUCCUUUCAAGAAAAAAAAAAAAAAAUGGCAGCUGUUGAUGUCGACAUGCCAAUGGAAAUAGAGCCACAAAUAAUCAGAAACGAAGACAUUGAGAGGGAGGCUGAGGGUUUUAAAGAGAAAGGAAAUACAUUCUACAUAAAGAAGGAUUACUCCGAGGCGUUUAACUACUACACAAAGGCCAUCGAUUCAUGUCCUAAAAAUGCAAGUUACUAUGGAAAUCGGGCUGCAACCCUUAUGAUGCUGUGCCGCUUCCGAGAGGCCCUGGAGGACUCCCAGCAGGCCGUGCGGCUUGACGACUGCUUCAUGAAGGGCCAUCUACGAGAGGGCAAGUGUCACCUGUCGCUGGGCAAUGCUAUGGCAGCCAGCCGCUGCUUUCAGAAAGUUCUUCAACUGGAGCCCAGCAACAGCCAGGCACAGCAGGAGCACAAAAAUGCAGCAGCCGUACUGGAGUUCGAAAGAAUGGCUGAAUUUGGCUUCGAUAAGAGGGAUUUCAGGAAGGUGGUGUACUGUAUGGACCGGGCCCUGGGAUUGGCAUCAGCUUGUCAUCGCUUUAAAAUCCUUAAGGCUGAGUGUUUGGCCCUGUUGGGCCGCUACCCGGAAGCCCAGUCUGUGGCCAGUGAUAUAUUACGGAUGGACUCAACUAAUGGAGACGCUCUGUAUGUGCGUGGCCUGUGUCUGUACUACGAGGAUUGCAUCGACAAAGCUGUGCAGUUCUUUGUCCAGGCACUGCGCAUGGCCCCAGACCACGAGAAGGCUCGACUAGCUUGCAGAAAUGCCAAAGCUUUGAAAGCUAAGAAGGAGGAGGGCAACCAAGCGUUCAAGGACAACAACUUUGAGGCAGCCUACAAGCUCUACUCGGAGGCUCUGAUGAUAGACCCCAACAACAUCAAAACCAAUGCCAAGCUUUACUGCAAUAGGGGUACCGUAGGGGCUAAGCUGAAGAAACCUGAUCAAGCUAUAGAAGACUGCACCAGUGCAAUAAAGCUUGACAGCACAUAUAUCAAGGCCUAUUUAAGACGAGCCCAGUGCUAUAUGGAUAUUGAGCAGUAUGAAGAAGCUGUGCGGGACUAUGAAAAGGUCUACCAGACAGAGAAAACAAAAGAACACAAACAUCUCUUGAAGACUGCUCAGUUGGAACUCAAGAAGAGCAAGCGAAAAGAUUACUACAAAGUGCUAGGGGUGGGAAAGAAUGCCACAGAAGAUGAGAUUAAGAAGGCCUAUCGGAAACGAGCCCUUAUGCACCACCCAGAUCGACACAGUGCUGCCACGUCAGAAGUUCAGAAGGAAGAGGAGAAAAAGUUUAAAGAGGUGGGCGAGGCCUUCACCGUGCUGUCUGACCCUAAAAAGAAGACUCGCUAUGACUGUGGCCAUGACCUUGAAGACGACAGCAAUAACAUGGGAGAUUUCGAUGCCAACAACAUCUUCAGGACAUUCUUCGGAGGCCCAACUGGAAGAUUUAGUUUUGAAUCUAACCAAAACCAAGCACCUGGAAAUUUAUUUUUCCAGUUUGGCUAAAUGAAGCAUGCUGCAAUGGGAAUGCAAUGCUGCAGUGGACAAUAUUAAGUCAAGCACACCCUAACACCUAUGUUUUUAUAUUCCCCCAACAUGUUUUUUUGCUAAUUUUGCUUUCACGUGCAUACAAGAAAGUUGGCGUUAUUACCUUAGCGAGAGAGAUUGUGAUCUCCAUUAUUAGCAUUUUCCUGAAAUCCUUUUGUUAUUGCCCCCAUAUUUAUUUGGACAUCCUCUUCUAAAUUCAUAAUUACAAUAUCUGCUGUAUGCAUUUCAGUGUUUGGUAGGUUUAUUAGCCGUCUGACAAUUUGUAUUAGUUGACACUGGGGUUUUGGGGAAAAACAUUAAUCCACAGGGAAUCAGCUUGAUUCUUUCCUGAGCAUUUGUCGCCACAUGAUUUAAAGAUCUGAAAUAGGAUUAUUGUGUUUGGCAAAAAAAAAUCUAAAAAUGUAUAGACACAUUUAGCAGUUCAACUCCAUUGUUAUUUUGUCAUUAUAUUGUUUUUCAUUUGCUUCACAUACUUAGAGGUCACUCCAAAAACACGCAGCUGGACCCGGAAUCACAUGGAUCUUUUUUUUUUUUAAAUAUAUGAAAAUUGACCUCAGGGCAACACCUCGGAAUUCCUUCCGGUUCAUGAUUGUCUCCAUUUUGCUCGUUGUACAUUUUGAUGGAAUCUAAUGUGUCUUAUUGUGUUUCUGAUUCGAUUUUUUUUCCAGUUUCCCCUAGAUAUAUUCAUAUUUAUUGUAUAUUCAAACUGUAUCCAUUUCAAUGACAGUGUUGGUGGUCUUCCCUUUGACUUGUAGUGUCUGUUAAACAUUUUCACCUUGACUCACAGCCUCCUUCGGAAUGCAGCUAUUGUUGCACCCAAAAAGGAAAAAUGUAUGUAUAUACGUUUAUUUUUUCCUUUGGCCCUUUAUUUUGAUUUAUCCGGUUUCAACUCUAGUCAGCACUUAUUAUAGCAUUAAUUCUUAUAGUUUAGUGCCUAGAUCUGAUCCUGAGUUUUUGCGUGUUCCAAUAUGAAAAAACUUCAAAAUAGAUGGACAAACAUUAGUCACUAAUUUUGUGUUAAGUGGUGCCUUAUGAGCUCCUAUUGACAUUGCUCACAGAGCAAAGUUGAAAAACUCCUUUGUAACGUGUAACUUUUCUAAAUUGUAAUGUAAAGAAACAAGAUUAAUUGACUUGCUGGCAAAGGGUUUAUGUUCAGUUUAAGGAAAAAUCUAAUUCUCAGUUGGCCAGGCAAGGCAAGGCAAGUCAAGGAUCUUGGAAGUAGACCCUUGACAAAGUAGAUCCCUUUUUUGCACUUAGAAUCUGCUCUAAUUUGCUGGGUGGCGACAGGCAGUCAUAUUCUAAUAUUUUAUUUCCAGAAUUGUCUUUUGAACAAUUAUCAGAAUUGGGCUGCCUUUGUAAACGCAGGCAUGGAGAGGCUUUUUUGUCAGAGAUUGUCAUCACACAGUGUACCAUGUUUGUUUAGUAAGUCCCUUCUACCGGUGAGGCAGCCAGUGGCAAGUAGAAAAUACUGUAUGUGAACAGAAACAAUGUACAUUUUCCUCAUCCUACAGUACUGUGUUCAUUUUGGCUACUUUUUAGUUCAGUCAUUUCAUCAGUCUACUAUAACUCUGGACAGCAGGUUAUAGUGUGUAUAUAUAGUAUCUGGUUGUGCUCAUGAUGGAAGAGAUAUAUAUUAAUUAAAUGCAAAAACUGUAGACAAAGAUGAAAGACUUCAUCUCGUUUUAGUUGUUUUGGUUCUAUGAUAUACUGCAUUUUUAGGCUACUUUUAUAGUGUGCAGAUUAUAAAAACUUCAUUAAGACUGUUAUCCAGAGUUUGGUAUACUGAUUAUAAACUCCUACUGAGACUAAAAUAGGUGAUGAAAUGAACACUGUCCUGUGAGCUAUUUUAACAAUGAUCAUUGCACUCUAGUAGGUCUACAAUGUUUUAUUUAAACAAAAUAAAGACUUGUCUUUUACUGUA